GCUGCUGUGGGCAGCCCCUGGAGGUCAUGGACAUGAGCCUCAGGCUGUCAAGGACUGGGCCUGCUAUACUGGUGAGCUCCCGCUGCCCUGGGGAAGCGACGUGGGCAGUGGCUCGAAAUGCAGCUCCUCCCCAGAGCCUGGGCCACCAGGGACUUGGGGGAGAAAGAAUAGGGAUGGGGAAGACUGGACAGUCCCCAAAGCAGAGAGGGGACACAGGAGCCCAGAGGACCAUGGGAGACAAGUGAGGGCACCAGCUUCCCUGGCUGAGGGCCCGUGGCACCCAGGAGGGCAGAGAGGGAGCUGGGGAGCCAGCUGGGAACCUGUGAGCAGGCAAGUGAGAGAGAGAGAGUGGGGCAGAGAAGGAGACUCUGCUCUGCUCUGAUCCGUCGGCCCACACACGUGAGGAGUUCUCUGAGACUCCUCUCCCUGAAUCUGACAGCUUAUUAACAGGAGGCCGGGUCCCUGAGGUAGGGAUCAGACAUGUGAUAAAUGAAUGAAUGUGAAUCACAAAUACAGCUGAAGCAGCCACAGACAAUCAGGGCAGCCCACCCUUUACAACUUCGGACACAGAGGGCUUGUUGCUUUCUCGAAAAUCUAGUUAAUGACUAAUUAAUGGCUAGUUAAUAUCUAAUUAAUGACCAGUUAAUGACGGUGCUCCUAACUCCAUCAUCCCACUCGCUUUUCCCAAAUUCAACACAACUGACUUUCAGUUUGAGUCUCGCAAAGCGUCUCCUAGGGUGUGGGUUACAGCCCAGCCCUGGUGUCUCACUCUGGGUGCAUCGGCCUCCCCUUCCCAGAUCCAAGUACAACCAAAACCCUAAUAACUGCUGGCCCAGGCUGCCACCACUGCUUCUGUUUAUAGCCUGUUUUGUUUGUUUUUUAUUCCUUAGGCACCGGCCCUAACAACAAAUGAAGAGAAGCCACGUUCUCUUGUUUUCUGCAGACAGGGUCUCCCCUUGAUGGGAUCUUCCCCUAAGGCGAGCUUCAGAUCUGCUCAAGCUUCCGGUGGUAGGGCCAGGAGGCAGGGCCUGGGAUGGGGAGACCAGCCCCGCAGUGAUGCUCAGAUACCCGCACUGGGCUGGGAAGAACCCCGUAGUGAAAAUUGAGACGGGAAAGAGUGAACAUGUCUUUUGCCUGUCGUGGCCACGGGCAGACUCUGCUCUCACCAUGGUGCUGACAUCCCAAGUUUUCAGACUGGCCAGGACCCAGUGAUAGCAUCUGGGUCCUUGAGGCUGCGUGGGGACUGUCCCCAGCCCAGGGCACUGGAAGGAGCUGGGAACUGACAGCCCUGAUCAAUAGUCCCAAGGGAAUGGCCAGCCCCCCUCCUCGUCCUCCUCCUCGAAAUCCUGGGUUUCAAGAAGGCAGAAAGGUUUUCUGAGAAACAAGGCUUUUGGAAAGAAGAGGCUGCCUUUCUGUCUGGGCAUUCAGAAAGGGAGAAAUCGAUGGAGAGACUGAACGGAGGGCCCAUGGGGAAUGCAGCGGAGGGGAGGCUGGGGCGCAGGGCUCCGGGUCUGCGGAUCCGUCCCUCCUGCAUCCUGCUUUUGUCCAGAUGGGGCUCGGAGCAGCAGUCCCUUACUCCAGGAAGUCAUUUCCCUCCGCCAGUAAUGAAGAUGACGCACUCGGAAGCUUGUGGGCUCUGAGGAGGGGAAGGUCACAGGGGCCAUGCAUUCAUCCCAGCAGAGACAGCACGUGGCUCUGGAAGCAGACACAGGCCGGCCCUGGGCUAGGAGGCAGCCAGGAGCCAGGAGCGCCUGCACCUCCCUGGAGGCCCAGGCUUCUCUCCCCAGAAGCUCACGCGCCCAAGGUGCAGGGCCCAGGUGUUCCGGAGUGACAAAGCCCCGAGCUGUGGUGAUCGGAGGGAGGGAGCCCCGGUCUAUGGCUGUUCUUUGGGCGGAUUUGCUGUCUCCGUCUCUGUCUCUAAUGUCCUUUGCACCACUGACCUUGAGGAGCCUUUUGUUCCUCUUGUCCCAGUUUGGUUUCCAUGGGAACCUGAGUGGCAGCGUCAUCACUUUGCUGAGGUGAAAUGCCCCCAGAUGCCAUGAAUACCUAGGGGAAAAAUUGCCAGAGAAGAAUAAACCAUCCGAGAGACUUACCCGCAGGGCAGGGCCUCGUAGCCCGCUUCCAUUUCCUCUCAAGUUUCAGGUCUCUUUGUUUUGGGUCCCUGAGUUCAUGGAGGCUGCAGGGGAAUAGAAGCCCCCUCAGUUUAGUAUGGAUCUUGGUCCUCAGCAACUGCCUGGUGCCUGGUAGGUGGGUGAUAAUUGCUUAGUGGGUGUGGGCUGUGAUAAAAUUAAGCAAUUUGAUGUCCUCUCCAUAAAUCCAGGUAACGACAUAGUGUUUUUGAAUUGGAGCCGCUCCAGAAAUUUGCCAUCUGACAAAAUGACGUCAUGACAGAGUUGUCAACUGCUGUGGAUAUAUUUUAUUUGAUUUCUCAAAUUAGGAAAAAAAGCUAAUGGUACACUUGAGAGUGGUCACUAUAGCCAAGCUGAUUGGCAGCCACUGAACUGGCUGGAAUGGGCCGUGGGCUUCUCAGUGACGUGCUGGACAAUGGGACAGGUUUGGAAUGAGUGGUCUUCCACUCUAACUUUAGUUUCUGCAGUGCUGUUGAGAGCGUGGAGCCAGGCUGCAGGGACUGGGUUCAAAUCCUGACUGCCACUUAGAAGCUGUGUGUGGAUAUGGGCAGGACAUCUGGGCUGCCUGAGUCUCAGUGCACCUGUCUAUAAAAUAGGAUGAUGAUAGAUUCCAUCUCAGAGAUUCACUGUGUGGAUAAAAUGAAACAACACAUGUGAAAUGCUAAGAACAGCACCUGCACAUAGUAUGUCCUAAAUAUCUUAGUUACCAUUAGCAUAUUUUGUUUAUUCCAAGAUAUAUUUUUUCCCCAUUUGAUAUCUAUGAAAUCUAAAGAUCUUUUUUUCCUGUCUUGGGACACAGAACAAUGGUAUGCCUUACAAUGGACUGUGUUUUAGAUUCACUGAGAUACAUUAUUGUUGUUUUUAUUCCUGGUCUCUAACAUGGUAUCUGGUAAGUAACAAGGGCUCCAUACAUUUUGCAAAGAAUAAAUUCUCUCCCUGCCCACUGAGGCCUUGGUCGAGGUCUCUCCAGGCCUUUCCUUCCUGGAGUCACAGUGCUUAGAGACAGGCUGCUGGGGUCAGCAUGUGAGCUCAGCUGUGAUCAGAAAAAAAGUACUGUUGGCCACACGUGGCGGCUCACGCCUGU